AUGACGUCCGACAUUUACGACUCGGACGAUGCGAUGAAUCGCUCCCCACGACUGGUAGCACAAAAGAUCAAUUAUGGGCUGGAAACUGAACGUCCCCCGUUUGUUUCCAAGGAGGACGAGUGCGCCAAAGGAACGCCUGAUCGUUCCCGUAAGACGCAACACACCGACACCCCAAUGGCUACGGGUUACGGCGAUGGCGUGCUGAUGAGGUUUUUGGCACCAGACCAGCCGGAAAUCGCAUUGCAUGCUCAGGAGCAUCCGCUGGACUGGUCGCCCAAGCAGCAGGCUCAGGGAAAUCGAGUUCAGCCUCCUCCUCCUAAGGAUCAUCCCCCGUUCAAGUUCGAUACAGAACCCAAUAAGCUUCCACCAAUACAACCAGCAAUUGCCUCGGCCACUAGUACGACUACGAACUCGAACACGAAUACUGCCACCCCGUCUACGACGACGACUAUAUCAAUCACGACUCCUGCCACUAUCACAUCCCCAGGUAAAGAGGUGAAAUUGGAAGAUCCGAACAUCAAAUCCCCACCUACCUACCGUGCUCCUACCCUCCCUCCGCCCGUACCAUCCCAAGAGGUCAUUAAACCUGGCUUCACCUCUCCCCGACGCCCUCGUCUCCUCUCCCUCACGGCACCCCCGGUUACAACAAUAUCCAUACCUUUAGGACCCGAUCAUCGAAGAGCCUCUACAUCUGAAGGCUUCUCCCCUCCCGAUUCCAGGAAUAACUCCGACCUCAGACCCCGUAUCUCCCUCCCAUCCCUCCAAUCCCUCUCGCCUCCCUCUUCUGUUGGUGGUCCUUCCCCAGACACUGGCAGCUGUCAUAAUCAAACUCUCCCUUCCAUUCAAUCUGCAUUGGGGCCUGAGCUCUCAUCUCGGAUCAAUGGAUGUUCUCCCGCUUCCUAUUCUUACUCGCCUGCUUCAUCGCGCAACAAUUAUUCCCCCCAUGAACGCCAUUUAUCUAGCCAUUUACCACACCAGAUUCCACCCAGUCCAUUCUCUCAUUUCUCGCCUUUGAGCACCAAAGAUAUCUCCAAUAAUCCUUCUCCGGCCUCUCAACCUUCUUUCUGGCGAACUCCUACUUCGGCCGUAUCGGUUGUACCUUCUCUUCCCCCACCUCCUCCACCUCCACCGCCACCUCCGCCCCCACAAUCGUCUGAUGCCACUGCGAUCAAUCAUAAUCAUAACCCGCCUACGCCAUAUGAUAUGUCGCCCAUGACGGCUAAGAGCCCGACUGCAAGUUAUCCUACUCCGACAGAACCUGUGGCCCCCACGGCUGGGGAUCGGGCUUCAUUUAGUUCGCAUCCUUCGCCAAAUGGAGGAAUUACGAGUAUUGGCAGCUACAAAUGUACACAUCCUGGAUGUACGGCGCCACCGUUCCAAACCCAAUAUUUACUCAAUUCUCAUGCAAAUGUGCAUUCUCAAGAUCGGCCACAUUUCUGUCCUGUAGAUGGCUGCCCUCGCGGUUUAGGCGGGAAAGGAUUUAAACGUAAAAAUGAGAUGAUGCGACAUGGUCUGGUACACAAUUCACCUGGCUACGUCUGUCCUUUCUGUCCGGAUCAACAACAUAAGUAUCCUCGACCGGACAAUCUUCAACGACAUGUUCGAGUCCAUCACGUUGAUAAAAACAAAGAUGAUCCUAUUCUUCGACAAGUUCUUGCUCAGCGUCCUAUAGGCAGCACACGAGGCCGUCGGCGGCGACUGAACGGGUGA